UAUUGCUUAGCCUGUUAUCUUUAUUCUUUGGGGAAGUUUCUCGAGCUGCUGGUGAAAGCGGCAUUCCCGAGGGAUCUGCUACAUUGGCAUUUGUAUUUGAUACAACUGGAAGUAUGUAUGACGAUUUAGUUCAAGUUCGUGCUGGCGCUUCUAAGAUCCUGUCGGAGAGCUUGAAACAACGUGUAAAGCCUUUGUAUAACUAUGCAAUUGUUCCCUUCCACGACCCUGAUGUUGGCCCUGCGACCAUCACCACUAACACCACAGUCUUCCAACGUCAACUAGAUGACCUUUAUGUGCAAGGRGGUGGUGACUGUCCGGAGAUGUCGUUAAGUGCUAUUUUACUUGCUCUAGAAAUUAGUUUACCAGGGUCAUAUAUCUAUGUAUUUACUGAUGCCCAGGCAAAAGAUAUGUACCUUUCGGAGAAGGUGCUACAGCUUGUACAGCUUAAACAAAGUCAGGUUCAUUUUGUACUGACUGGCGAUUGUCAUAAUGAGACAACAGAUCCAGGCUUUUCUACAUAUAAACUUAUUGCAGCAGCAAGCACUGGUCAAGUCUUUAAUUUAAGGAAAAAGGACGUAAACCAAGUACUGCGGUUUGCCGAAGAGUUCGUCAGAGCGAACAAAGUAACUCUUCUCUCAGUUGACAUCCCAAAUGGCGGCGCUAGAUCMUUUUCUAUUCCAAUAGACAAAGCACUUGAUAAAGUUACUUUUUCAUUGAGUGGCAAAGGCGCCAAACUCGUCAUCAAGGAUCCUAGCGGAAAAGUCAUUACCACAGCAUCGGGUCUUCAAAAACUUCUCACUUUAAAGUCAGCGGUUAGUGUAGCUGCAAGUGAACCCAAACCUGGUUUAUGGGAUGUCACUGUGAGCAGCGAUGAAGGUUUUGCGCUAAGGAUCACGGGAAUGAGUACGGUGCAUUUUGUUUAUGGUUUUUCUCUCUCCGCUAUCGAUKACAUUAAGAACUUGCUACAGAGACCUGCUGGAGGAUUCAGUAACUUUGGAGUAAUUAGAGUUCAUGGUCUUGUCGAGCCGGGGUCUGUUAGCAAAGCUCAACUGGUUGAUUUACAAGGAAAGGUUUUCCAAGAGGUUUCCUUUAAUCCACGACCAGACGACCAAUAUACGUUUGACUGGAUUAAUUUCCAGGCUCCGCCUGGCUUGUUUUAUAUUCGUCUUGUUGGUACUGAUAUUAAGGGCAAUGUAUUUCAGCGAUGUAGUCCUACAGCAAUAAGUGCCAUUUUACCAGAGGCACCCAAAGCAAAGGCAGACACAGUUCGUGAGAUUCUCUUAGGUGGUCGAGUCACACUCAUCUGCAAAAUAGAUAGUGUUGUUCCAUGUAAAUCUUACUGGCGGAAAGGCCCGCUAACUGUGAGCCCUUCGGUGACUCGUUCCGGUGUCUACAACAUCACUUAUACCAUACCAUCAGCGAGAGAGAAUGACCGAGGAAUGUACACGUGUUACGCUAGUAAUAUUGGAGGGGUUGGCAAGGCUACAACAAGAUUAAAUGUCAAAGUUCCACGACCAGUUGUUAUCGAAAAAGAUGAAGUGCAACUCACUGUAAAAGGUGGAGACACCAUCGUUCUUCGCUGUGCUGCUGACACUAAAUUUCCUGUCACUUUUACAUGGUACAAAAAUGGCCAGGAGAUUUUAGGAGCAUUGCAUGCGCGUCAGAGAGCCAAUGGAUCUUUGUUUCUUGACAUUAGAGGAAGGCAAGACGCAGGGAGAUACCGGUGUAUAGCAAAGAGUGAAGUCGGUCAAAUUGCAAGAACGACCAUACUGAACGUCAAUGAGGUACCGUUUGUAUUUAUUGAUGCCACUACAAAGAACUUCCAGCUUGGUGAGGAAAUCAAGUGCGAAUGUCUGGUCAGAGGAUUUCCUGAGCCCACAGUGACAUGGAAGAAGUUUGGCAAGCGGUUUACUUCAAAUGAUAGGAUCAAGAUUACCAAAGAUCACAUUCUCAUCAUUAAGAAUGCUAAGCCUUCAGAUGCUGGUGUAUACGAAUGUAUCGCAGCCAAUAUUGUUGGACAGAGUAAAGCAGUUGUCAAUCUAAACUACACCGUUCCACCAACGGUUUACGUUGAUCAAGAUGACGUCAUCGUCAAGGAAGGUGACUCUAUCACUUUGGAGUGCCGGGCAAACGCAAAACCAACUCCCACGAUACAGUGGUACAAGGGGCGAUUCGCAGUCGUUCCAUCCAGGAGAAUUGCAACAAGCAGCAGGGGACACUUAGUAAUAAAUGCCGCACAACGAAGUGAUACGGGAUUUUACACAUGUGUUGCAUUAAACAUUGCCGGCUCAGAUUCCGUUAGAGUGUCAUUCAGCGUGCAUGUACCGCCUCAAGUGACAGUUGACAAAAAAGAGGUCUUUGUACUACCCGGCGGUGAUGCCAGAGUACAUUGCCUAGCUUUCGGCAUACCUCCCCCUGUCGUUAUUUGGAACAAGAAGGACAAUGCACUGGGUCGACCGGAUGGUCGUGUCUACGUAAACGACGCAGGAGAGCUGGUGAUUGGUAAAGCUCUAGCAAGUGACGCUGGAUAUUACACUUGCACUGCACGGAGUGCUGGGGGAUCGACAUCUGUAAUCAUUCAGGUUAUUGUUGGAGUUCCACCACGCAUCCUAGCUCCACCUGUUAACCAAGCUGUGAGACUUGGAGAGAAUGUUACUUUUAACUGCUUGACACAUGGUGUACCUCAACCUAAUGUGACCUGGAGCAAAAGCCUCGGAGAGUCCAUUCAUAAAGACCCUCGCUACAGUGUCCCUUCUAGAGGAACACUCCAUAUAAGAGAUGUGAAAGUGAAGGAUGCGGGGAAGUUUGUCUGUGUUGCUGAUAACGAAUUUGGUCGCGUUGAAGUUUCCACGGUGCUAAUGUUGAUUGGACUAAGUCCUCCGACCAUCUCCAAGGAUGUUCAAGAUACAUUAACAGCGAUCUUAGGACAAGACUUCGAGAUUGCCUGUCCCGCGCAAGGCAUACCCAAGCCAGUAAUCACGUGGUCUUUUGAGGGCUUUCCCAUUGACACACAGGAUUCCAAGUUCAAGGUCAAUUUGUCAGGAUCGUUGGUGGUAAAGAAAAUAGGUGAACUGGAUACGGGACUUUAUACCUGUACCGCUGUAAACACAGCAGGCUCAGACAGUCACACUUAUGCUUUGUUUAUACAAGUCCCUGCGUCUAUUACCACGCCACCACGUGACAUCAUUGUAGAUAUCAAUGAUGUCAUCAGUCUGGAAUGCCAAAGUAGUGGUUUACCUCGUCCUAAGAUCAGCUGGCAACUGAACAACAUCACUCUUCCUUUCAACCAAUCACGUCUCACCAUACGUAAAGCCAGUGUGUAUGACAGUGGGAUCUAUCGAUGUAUUGCAACUAAUGACGCUGGGAGCGACACUGCGCAUGCUAUGGUCAGCGUAAGAGGUUCUCCAAAGAUAGUACACGAAGRUAUAGAUACAUUCUCUGGUGGUCCUGGAAAAAGUAUCAUAUUACCUUGUAAAGYGCUAGGAUACCCAAAGCCUUCAAUAUCUUGGUCAAAAAAUAACGUCUUGUUGAUAAUUGAUAAUUCAAAGUACCACCAAUAUCCUUCUGGAAGUCUGAGGGUAAUGAGUUUGGUUCCUAAAGACAUGGGAAUAUACACAUGCAAAGCGAUAAAUCAGGRGGGCUUCGAUACUGUUAAUAUUACGGUACUGGUCAAAGAGUCACCAACUUUUGUCAAAGCCCCUCAAAAUAAAACCGUUCUAGAAGGCAAAAAUGUCUCGCUAGAAUGCGUAACUCGGGGUUUUCCGCCACCAAGGAUUGAAUGGUCACAUAACGGCAAGAUUCUACCCUUUAAUCUUCCGGUGCUGGAGAUCAAAAGUACUGUCAAGAGCAARCAUGAAGGAAACUACACGUGCACGGCCACAAAUCUUGCGGGGACGAUUAAACUGGGAUCUAUCAUACGAGUUCUUUCUCGCGCACCGCCAACUGAAAGACCAACAGAUGACACAAGCGCUCAAGGAUCACCGCCAGUGUUCACAAGUAUUCCAUACGAUGUAAUACUUGAUGCUGGAUCCAGUCUCCUUUGGGACUGUGCAGCCACAGGACGUCCAAMACCAGAAAUACAAUGGACCAGGAAUGGCGUGAUAUUACUGUCUGGAAAUCCAGAUAGACUUACAAUUUUCCCCAACAACAGUUUAUAUAUAACUGAUUUGAGAGCUCAAGACCAGGAUACAUAUCAAUGCCGUGCUAUGAGUGAGCCGCUCGUUGUUGCAGUACAAGCUACUUUGACCGUAAGAGACCGUAGGGUGUGGUCUGAAUGGAGUGAGUGGUCAGCGUGUCUAGUAACCUGUGGGACUGGUAGAAAGAUCAGAACGCGUACUUGCACCAGUCCCUCACCGAAACAUGUAGAUGACGAUUGCCCUGGAUCUAGCGUGGAAAUGCGGUCUUGCAACAAACGUAGUUGUUUGGUUGAUAGAGGGCCAAUUGCUACUAGCGAAAUUAUUGGUCACAUAAAUGACGUCAUGCUACCUAAAGUGACAUUUAAAGCCAACUUUACCCGUCGAAAAUCCAACAUUACUGAGCUAAACUGCAGAGUAGAUGGACUACCAGAUCCUAUCAGAAGCUGGUUCAAGUAUGCAGUUCCAGUCACUGCUCCUGUCUAUUGGGCCGGGAGCAGUGGACAGCCUGGUGCUAAGAACGGACUCGAAAGAACGCRUGGAUUUUUCAAUUUUUCAACGCGCAUCAUUUAUCCAAAUGGUGAAAUGCUUUAUAUUGACCAUACAGGUCAGGGAGUGAACGACAAUGGUGAAUUAGUCAUGGACGUAAGAAUGAAGGGAGGAACGCCAAAGUUUCCCUCAAAAGCACAACCUUCAUUUAGAGAUUUCAAAGACAUGUUCGUGAUWACGGGAAAUGGACAAAUCAGCUCAACUGGACAGCGGUAUUUCACCAUAGAUGGCAAGACUUUUCAGUAUGUAUGUAAUAGCACCGUAAAGUACAAGCCUGCAGCCCAGGUCCCCSACUCCUUCUCCCAAACCGUGGAGGUCAUGGAUGUGGACGUAAACGAGAGGCCUGGGGGAAUAGAGUACGCUGUGAAAACAUAUGUUAAGAGAAGCCCAUUUCCUGAGGAAUGUCCACAGGGAUUGGUUAAAGAUKUGAAGGGAGAAUAUUGUGAAGAUAUGGACGAGUGUUUAUUCAGAGAUACGUGUCAUCACAUAUGUAAAAAUAGCUUUGGUGCAUUCACGUGUCAUUGUCGAGAAGGCUUCGCUCUUCAAAAGGAUACCAAGUCUUGUAAAGACAUCGACGAAUGUUCUYUACCUUCGACCAAAUGUCCACCUGAUCACUACUGUGUCAAUAAAGAAGGAAGUUACCAAUGUCGACGAGACUGCGAUGAUGGGUACUCAAGGUCAGAGAAUGGAAAUUGUGAAGAUAUCGAUGAGUGCGCUUCCUUUAUUGGAAAACCAGUCACAGAAGACCCGUGUUCACAAACAUGUACAAACACAAUAGGCUCAUUUAAAUGUUCUUGCAAAGAAGGUUAUGAAAUGAGAGAUGGUAUAUGUCAAGAUAUUGAUGAAUGCGUUGGUGAGGUUUGUUUUCACGGCUGUAAAAAYUCUAUCGGUGGUUUCGAGUGCCUCUGUUUUGAGGGAUACAAGAUGAAGACGAAAACAAUGUGUGAAGAUAUCGAUGAAUGUCAAGAGAACAAUACAAUAUGUGGCCCUUUACAGUGCUCAAACACAGAUGGUUCUUACAGCUGUCGAGCAGCGUGCCGUAAAGGUUACCAGAGAACACUACAGGGAACCUGYGAAGAUCAUAACGAGUGCAUAGAUGGCAGUCAUACUUGUCAGUUUAACCAGCUUUGCAUGAAUACUAUUGGUAGCUUUUAUUGCGAGUGUCCUCGUGGAUAUAAAACUAAAAGAGUCGACGGGCCUUGUGAAGAUCAAAACGAGUGUCAACAGUUUCCCGGUAUAUGCCAAUAUAAAUGUGUCAAUACAAGAGGCAGUUACAAAUGUGUUUGUCCACCUGGUGGAUAUCUUAAAGCAGACGGCCGGUCCUGUUCAGGUGUGGAUGGUUGUGCUCUUCAAAACCUUCAAUGUGGCCAGGGAUGUAUCUUAACCCGGUCUGGCUAUCGAUGUGCUUGUUUUAAGGGAUAUCGACUACACGAAGAUAAGAAAGGCUGUGUAGAUAAAAAUGAAUGCCUUUUCAAUGAAACCAAUAACUGUCAGUUUGAAUGCUUCAAUACGAUGGGAAGUUACAAAUGUAGAUGUCCAACGGGUUAUUCACUCAGUGUAGACGGCAAAASGUGCAAUGAUAUUGAUGAAUGCGCACUGAAUCCCGGAAUAUGCAGUAACCAAAAUGACAGAUGUAUGAAUACCCAAGGCUCGUAUCGGUGUGUAAAGACGGAUUGUCCUGACAACUACAACGUGCUGGGACCAGGAUAUUGCCUUCAACCUUGUGCCACAGGUCGACUUUGCGUUCCUCAAGCUCUGCGUUACUACACUGUAAAACUAUCACUCGGUGUGGCCGUCAACCAAGACCUGCUUCACCUCAUUCCGUAUUAUCCACCAUACUUACGAUCUGGACUUCUUAUUUGUGAAUUCAAGUACUAUUUUCCUGAUAAGUCUGCACCGUUUGGUAUUAAACAGAUUGGAAACCAGGCAGUUAUCUUCACAGUUAGGCCAGUAUGGAGAUCAGGGAUGCAUCGACUGAAUGUUAAGGCUGAUAUCAAAAAUCAAGAUGGCUCACUAGCUUGUGUAACGGACUUUGUUGUAUAUAUCGAUGUAGCUAAAUAUUUAUUUUAAGCUCCGUGGGGAUGAAUAUAUAAAGACSUUUUAAAAAAAAUAAAACAUUAAAGCCCAGAGAAUUUGUUCUACCAUCGA